GGGGGUUUUUCCCCAGAUGUAGCUAUGCGACUCCGUGCACCCCGUCCUCUUCCUGCUCAUACCUCUCCCACUCAUCCCGCUCCCACUUCAAUGUGUGCACCACCGUCGUCGCGCUACGUCACAUUCACGACCUCCGACCGUAUACAGCCCACAGAAGGCCUUCUCAUCUCAACUGUCUCGAGCCGAGACGAGGUUGACUCGCCACUCGCCUCUCCCACCUCCGGGGACAAGCCAGGACGAUCACAGCGACAAACCCACGAUCUCCGCUGCCCACCCAGGGGAGCUACGCAAACAUAUACUCAUACCUACCAUCACAAUCCACACUCGUUGCGGUACCUACAUACGCCGCCCCAACUGCGCACGUAGCACGCCCGGCAACAAGCGGCGGUAUAGUUGGCAUCUUUAUUCUAGUCAGCGUAACAACUACGGCCGCCGCCAUGCCUGCCCGACAGGACAGCAACCUAAUCGACUUCUCGCCGCCCUCCUCCGGCUAUUCUACCCCCGUCUCCCGUCCUUCCCGCUCCUAUACGCCACCCCGGCCACACUCCCGCCCGCAGUCCCCCUCCCAACAGCUCUCGCCCGGCAACGGCGGCGGCUACGGCUUCGGCUCGGCCGUGCUCGGCCUCUGGCGCCGUCUAUCCUCUCUCGAAACGCCCGGCUCUAUUCCUCCCUCCGCAAACGCCGACGCCGCUUCCCCGCCACACUCGCACGCCCACGCUAAGCUCCAGCAUACCGCCUCCGAGCCCGCCAUCUUCGGCUCGACGGGCGACGGCGUCCGCCGGCCCUUCAUCCCGCCGUCGCAGCCCCCCGGCGGGCUCCGGCGCACCCCCUCGCCGCGCGGGCUCCCCUCCCUCGAGCCGCUGUCCCUGAGCGGCUACCACGCCGACACCGACUCCGACGAGCGGCUACUGACGCGGGGCCUCGCCGAGCAGAUCCGCACCUUCUUGCCCGAGCGCCUCAAGAUCGCCGACUCCUGGCACCUCGUCUACAGCCUCUACCAGGACGGCAGCUCGCUCGCUACCCUGUACAAGCUGUGCGAGGAGUACCGCGGCCGCCGCGUCGGGUUUGUGCUCGUCGUGCGGGACGGGAAAGAUGCCACGUUCGGUGCAUAUCUCACCGAAGCCCCGCACCCGGCGCCCUCGUACUUCGGUACGGGGGAGUGCUUCCUCUGGCGGGCGAGCCUACACCCGCCCCUGCCGCCGCCUCCGUCUGCCGACACUACCAAUAUAAACUACCGCACGGCGACGAUCGCCUCGCCGGCCGCCGACUCCUUACCCCCACCUCCCGCGACGCAGCCGCCAGGCCACCACCUCGCCCCGGGGGCGAUGGACCCGGGAACCGGCAAAUUGGCUCCGCCACAGUCGGUGCCGGCGCACAGCAUCCGGUUCCAGAACUUCGCGUACACGGGGGCCAACGACUACUGCAUCUUCUGCGAGACCAAGUUUCUGUCGGUCGGCGGCGGCGGCGGCGGCAGGUACGGGCUCUGGCUCAACGACUCGCUUAGCCUCGGCCACAGCGCGCCCUGCGACACGUUCCUCAACCAGUCCCUGAGCGACGAGGGCGAGAAGUUCGACGUCUUCGGCGUUGAGCUGUGGGUUAUCGGGGCGAGCUAAGAAGGGA